GGGAUUAUAAUCUGUAGUUGACUUUAGAGUGAAGCACUGUAAAGAGUUUGGGUGCUAAAAUGUUGCAAAAAAUAAUUGGUCUAACUGUAAGGGACGUGAGAUUUCCGACUUCUCUGGAGCAGCACGGCUCGGAUGCGAUGCACACUGACCCGGAUUACUCAGCCGUUUAUGUUGUCAUAGACACGGACUGUGGGCUCAAAGGUUUCGGUCUCACCUUUACUUUGGGAAAAGGAACCGAGAUCGUGGUGUGUGCCGUCAGGGCUUUGGAAGGACUGGUUGUUGGGAAAUCCUUGCAGGACAUUGUGAGCAACUUUCGUGGGUUUUACCGCUUACUGACCAGUGAUGGUCAGAUGAGAUGGUUGGGCCCGGAGAAAGGGGUGAUCCACCUGGCCACCGCAGCGGUCCUGAACGCUGUGUGGGACCUGUGGGCUCGAGCAGAGGGCAAGCCUCUGUGGAAGCUGCUUGUCGACAUGGAUCCGAAACAGAUCAUCUCAUGCAUUGACUUCAGAUACAUCACUGAUGUCCUGACAGAGGAGGAGGCCCUCGAUAUACUUAUGAAUGCAAAUGAAGGAAAGCAGCAGAGAGAGGAUCAGAUGCUGAGCCAUGGUUACCCUGCUUACACCACCUCCUGUGCAUGGCUCGGAUACUCCGACCAGCAGCUUAAACAGCUUUGCACAGAUGCUCUUCAAAACGGUUGGACCAGAUUUAAGGUGAAGGUUGGCGCUGACCUGGAGGAUGACAUUCGACGGUGUCGUCUCAUCAGGCAGAUGAUUGGACCCAGUAACACACUGAUGAUCGAUGCCAACCAGAGAUGGGACGUAGGCGAGGCCAUCAGCUGGGUGACCAGACUGGCUGAAGUCAAACCUCUUUGGAUCGAGGAGCCCACAUCCCCAGAUGACAUUCUUGGUCAUGCAACAAUUUCAAAGGCUUUGGCUCCACUUGGGAUUGGGGUGGCCUCCGGCGAGCAGUGUCACAAUAGGGUGAUGUUCAAGCAGUUCCUGCAGGCUUCAGCGCUGCAGUUUGUGCAAAUAGACAGCUGCCGGUUGGGCAGUGUCAAUGAGAACCUGGCUGUGCUGCUGAUGGCCCAUAAGUUCAAAGUGCCUGUGUGUCCUCACGCUGGAGGGGUCGGUCUCUGUGAGCUCGUCCAGCAUCUUAUCCUGUUUGACUACAUCUGCGUGUCGGCGGAUCUCAGCGGCCGAAUGUGUGAAUAUGUUGACCACCUCCAUGAACACUUCAGCAGCCCUGUGGUAAUCAGAAACGCCCACUACAUGCCCCCAAAGGAUCCAGGCUACUCCUGUGAGAUGCUGGAGUCAUCAGUGCAAAGACACGAAUACCCCGAGGGAAACGUUUGGAAAAUUGAAAACAAGAAAUAAGGAUUUUAUCAUAAAUAAACCACUUUUAAACAUGACCCAAC